AUAUUAAUCGAAGCACAACACGUCCAUAACAAUGAUGAUGAUGAUGAUAAUCAUUGUUCAGUCAACAUAUGUCAGAAUAAUGGUCAAUGUUAUAAUUAUACUACUAGUAAUAAUACUCCGGUGUGUAUAUGUCAAAAAUGUUAUACUGGUGAACAAUGUGAAUAUAAUAAUAAUAUAAUACGAUUAUCACUGGCAUCAGCUAUGCUAACUGAUAUACAUUCAACACCAUCAAGCGAAAAUGGUCCUAAAUCGGCAUAUAUAAUUGUCACAACAGUAUUAUGUCUGAUAUCAAUAGUUAACAACCUGAUUUGUUUACAAAUAUUUAUUUCACGUGGUAUUAAAAGACGUUCAAUACAGACAAGAACGAAAAUGAACGUAGUUGGAAAUACUAACGUAAAAGACAAUAAAAGCCUAGGCGAUAAUCGUAUUUAUUUGAUAUUAUACUGUUUUUAUAGUUUAAUUGCUAUGUUAGAAUUAGAAUCAAGAGUGAUAUUAAUGUUAAAUGAUCAACGAACACUACACUAUCAAUUUUAUUCAUGUAACAUUGCACCAGUAUUUAGUACAAUGAUGAUACAUUUAACAUUAGAUACUGUUCAACUAGAACAUCUCUGUUCACUGUUAGACCCCUC